AAAUAUUUGGCAAGUAAAAGGCCUUCCGAAAAAUCUGGACAAUUACCACAGGCACGUGGCGCAACAUCAUCUCCCUCCUCCCACAAUUGUAAAUCAUGCCUUCAAUCUCACCUGUGUGUGUUUCUGGCUGUUACAAUCUGUAAAUCAUGUCUCGCCGAGGAAGAACUUUUAAGUCUCGAUCUUUCUGCUUUUCCACCUUAUUUGGAACUGGUUCCUUGCUUCAAGCAGCUGCAGCCAGCAGGAAUAUUUUUUCUAGCUCCGAUUCAGUGUUUGAUGCUUUUGGUACUGGUACUAAGGCUAUUGAUGUGGAAAUCGACAUUCCUCGUGUAUGCGAUAUGUAUCGCAAAUUCUUGCAAGCGCAAUGCAUAGACAAAAAGGGGACUUACAAAGAGUGCGCGAUGUACCGCAGGCGUCUUGCGAAGUACUCGUGUAAGGUUGAGGAUGCUAAAUGAGACUUCUGCAAUAGUGUUCCCUUUGAAGGUUCAUGCAAAUAGUUUCUGAGAAGAAUGAACUGAUAAAUUGCCAGAGUGUAGAAACACAGACAACCAUGGGGAUGGCACUUUAGAAUUUAAAAGCUCAACCUUCUCCCUUUCUUUAAAAGCUCAAACUCUAUGUUGUCUGAUUGUUAUUUUUUAUGUUCUUUCUAUUUAAAAAGUUAAUUUUGUUUAUAGAUUUGAAUGAAAUACAUAUCCAUAAUUUUAAAUAAAUUGGUCCAAUUAUGAGUAGAAAA